ACAACACCCACCUACCUACCUAAAUAAAAGCAAUUCCUCUGACAACUUCGAGAAGCUCGCCCUUAACCCGCACCAGGAUGCCGAGGCUUCAACCACUUUUCUCGCUCCUGCGAGGCGCCUGCCGAGGCCAACCACACCAAACAGCACUCUGCGCUUCUCGGACAGCAAGCGCAACGAGGUCCUUCUCCUCCCUCCCAAGCCUCCGACCCUCCCUGAUCCCCUCAGCGAACACCGCCUUCCGACCGGCCACGAGCCCCCUCGCGCGCCUCCCGCCUUCCGAGUCGGCGGCAGCGGACGUGGUGCCGAGGACGUCGAUCACGGCGCACCCCGCGCUCGCAGGGGCGGGCGUGCAGAUACGGUGCGGGCCGCGGCCGACGAUGGCGAGCGCGAGUAGGCUGAUCCAGAAGCGGCGGCACGGGUUCCUCAGUCGGGUUAAGACGAAGAACGGGAGGAAGACGCUGGCGAGGAGGAGGGCGAAGGGGAGGAAGAGGUUGUCUGCCUAGGGGGGUGGGGGUUGUCUUGCCCUCUGAGGAGGGGAGAGAUUGAAGUAUGGGUGUGUGGGUGCUGAUGUACCCAUAUCGAGACU